AUGCACACGACGUGGCUUCUGACGGCCGGGCUUCUCACCGUCCAUACAGUGGCGGCACUGGCAGGGGACGAGCUGCAGACACAGCAGCAGAUUCUUACUCCCACGGCUGGCGGUGAUGGACGUCGCCAGCCUAACAUCAUCCUGAUCCUCACCGACGACCAGGAUUUGCACAUGAAUUCUCUUGACUACAUGCCUCUGAUCGACAAGCAUUUGAGAGAGAAGGGAACUCUGUAUAAGCGGCACUUUUGCACUACGGCCAUUUGCUGCCCUGCACGAGUGUCUCUCUUGACCGGCAAAUUGGCGCACAACACCAACGUCACUGAUGUCUUUCCACCUUAUGGCGGAUAUCCCAAGUUCGUCUCCGAGGGUUUCCAGAAGGCGUAUUUGCCAGUCUGGCUCCAGCAGGCAGGGUAUGACACCUACUAUACGGGCAAGUUAUUCAAUGCCCACGAUGUCAACAACUAUAACAACCCAUUCCCUGCCGGCUGGACGCAAUCGGAUUUCCUCCUGGACCCAUCCACGUAUCGAUACUAUAAUGCGACCUUCCAGCGAAACCGGGACCCGCCUGUUAGCUACGAGGGUCAAUACAGCAUCGACGUAAUUGCUGAAAAGGCCAAUGGCUUUCUGGAACUGGCAGCACAGGGCGACAAGCCCUUUUUCCUCGGCAUUGCUCCGCCAGCUCCUCACACCAACGUCGAGUUACAUCUAGAACAUAUACCUGAGGGUCCGAUCAUCAUCCCACCAGACCCGGAUGAUAUCGCGAAGAUGGUGACGUUUCAGCCGCCACUGCCUGCGAAAAGGCACGAACAUCUGUUCAAGGAUGUCCGACUGCCGCGGACGCCCAAUUUCAACCCAGAGACUCCCUCCAGUGUAAGCUGGAUCGCGGAACGACCCCGGAUCGCAGAGGAAGAGAUUCCGUUGUACGAUCACUUCUAUCGGCAGAGACUGCGCACAUUGCAGUCGGUGGAUGAGCUGGUGGACGGGGUCUUCACGAGACUGGAACGACUGGGUCUGCUCGAGAAUACCUAUGUCUUCUACACGACAGAUAAUGGAUACCAUCUUGCUCAACAUCGACUACCACCCGGCAAGGAAUGCGGGUUUGAAGAAGACAUCAACAUCCCCCUCCUGGUGCGCGGUCCGAACGUGCCUCACGGAGACACCGAGGCGGUUACAACCCACACGGACCUGGUUCCCACCUUCCUCCGACUUGCUGGGGUCCCCUUUCCGGAUGGACUGGACGGGACGGCGAUCCCAUUGUUCAAGCCAGAGUUCAAGGAGGCAGAACAGACCCGCAACGAGCAUGUCACAGUGGAAUACUGGGGCAUGGCCACAUUUGAAGGCGGGGGAAAACAGGACGUGGGCCACAUGGUAUUCAACAACACAUACAAGGCGGUUCGUGUAGUGAGCGAUGAGUACAACUUGUACUAUUCGGUGUGGUGCAACGGAGAGCACGAGCUCUAUGAUCUCAAGACGGACCCAUACCAGGUGAAGAAUCUGCUUGCUCCCGGGGAUGGCACCGCUACGCACCUGGGUGUCUCUCUCGAGCAGCUCGUGGCGCGUCUGGACACGCUGAUCCUCGUGCUCAAGUCGUGCAAAGGCCGAGUGUGCGUCAAACCGUGGGAAUCGCUUCAUCCGCAGGGCAAUGUGCGCAAUCUGCCUGAGGCGCUGUCGACCCGCUUCGAUGGGUUCUACACCACUCAACAACGGGUGCAUUUCAACCGGUGUGAGGCAGGUUAUGUGAUCGAUGCUGAAGGUCCCCAGUUUGAGACGCACGGACGGGUUUUCGGGAACGGGAUUCGAUCGAGUGAGUGGUGGUAA